AUGGCGAGUACCGAGGAUAAACCAGCCAACAAGGAGAACGCGUCUAGUUGGAAAGACUCCUUCUACAACCCCAGGACUGGAGAGGUUCUGGGGCGCACGGCCAGCAGCUGGGUGCUAAUGAUGCGCCAGUCAUUUGCAACAGGGGGGACGCGAGCUCAGCCUCCCCUCCACGAAGCCCACUCCUCACAGGCCCUGACUGCGGGCUGCGCUGGGCCCCUGUGCUGCUGCUGGAGUGGGAUGCUCCAUUGCAGUUGCAUGGCCGCCCACAUUAGCAUGCUUGUCAAGGUCAAACGGGAUCCCCUCUCUCCUCUUUCUCCCCGUCUUUCCGUGCACGCGAGCCGGGGAAGUCCAUCCUCACCUCCUCCAUCACCUCCUCCAUCACCUCCUCAUCACCUCCUCCAUCACCUCCUCAUCACCUCCUCCAUCACCUCCUCCAUCACCUCCUCCAUCACCUCCUCCAUCACCUCCUCAUCACCUCCUCCAUCACCUCCUCCAUCACCUCCUCCAUCACCUCCUCAUCACCUCCUCCAUCACCUCCUCCAUCACCUCCUCCAUCACCUCCUCCAUCACCUCCUCAUCACCUCCUCCAUCAUCUCCUCAUCACCUCCUCCAUCACCUCCUCCAUCACCUCCUCCAUCACCUCCUCCAUCACCUCCUCCAUCACCUCCUCAUCACCUCCUCCAUCACCUCCUCCAUCACCUCCUCCAUCACCCCCUCCAUCACCUCCUCAUCACCUCCUCAUCACCUCCUCCAUCACCUCCUCCAUCACCUCCUCAUCACCUCCUCCUCAUCACCUCCUCCAUCACCUCCUCCAUCACCCCUCAUCACCUCCUCAUCACCCCUCCUCCAUCACCUCCUCCAUCACCUCCUCCAUCACCUCCUCCAUCACCUCCUCAUCACCUCCUCCAUCAUCUCCUCAUCACCUCCUCCAUCACCUCCUCCAUCACCUCCUCCAUCACCUCCUCCAUCACCUCCUCCAUCACCUCCUCAUCACCUCCUCCAUCACCUCCUCCAUCACCUCCUCCAUCACCCCCUCCAUCACCUCCUCAUCACCUCCUCAUCACCUCCUCCAUCACCUCCUCCAUCACCUCCUCAUCACCUCCUCCAUCACCUCCUCCAUCACCCCUCCACCUCCUCCAUCACCUCCUCCAUCACCUCCUCAUCACCUCCUCCAUCACCUCCUCCAUCACCUCCUCCAUCACCUCCUCCAUCACCUCCUCCAUCACCUCCUCCAUCACACCUCUCAUCCCUCCUCCAUCACCUCCUCCAUCAUCUCCUCAUCACCUCCCCUCCUCCAUCACCUCCUCCAUCACCUCCUCAUCACUCCUCAUCACCUCCUCCAUCACCUCCUCCAUCACCUCCUCAUCACCUCCUCCAUCACCUCCUCCAUCACCUCCUCCAUCACCUCCUCCAUCACCUCCUCAUCACCUCCUCCAUCACCUCCUCCAUCACCUCCUCCAUCACCUCCUCAUCACCUCCUCCAUCACCUCCUCCAUCACCUCCUCCAUCACCUCCUCCAUCACCUCCUCCAUCACCUCCUCCAUCACCUCCUCCAUCACCUCCUCCAUCACCUCCUCCAUCACCUCCUCCAUCACCUCCUCCAUCACCUCCUCCAUCACCUCCUCCAUCACCUCCUCCAUCACCUCCUCCAUCACCUCCUCCAUCACCUCCUCAUCACCUCCUCCAUCACCUCCUCCAUCACCUCCUCCAUCACCUCCUCCUCACCUCCUCCAUCACCUCCUCCAUCACCUCCUCCAUCACCUCCUCCAUCACCUCCUCCAUCACCUCCUCCAUCACCUCCUCCAUCACCUCCAUCCCUCAUCACCUCCUCCAUCACCUCCUCCAUCAUCUCCUCAUCACCUCCUCCAUCACCUCCUCCAUCACCUCCUCCAUCACCUCCUCCAUCACCUCCUCCAUCACCUCCUCAUCACCUCCUCCAUCACCUCCUCAUCACCUCAUCACCUCCUCCAUCACCUCCUCCAGGAAGUGAUCGGCCGCAGCCUUCCAUCGCUGCAGGACCUGUCAGACAAGUGCAGUAAGGAUGGGUUUGGACUGGGUUUGGACUGGGUUUGGACUGGGUUUGGACUGGGUUUGGACUGGGUUGAGGGCCAGGCCCUCAUCCUGCUCUUCUACCUGGUCUUCUACUGCUUCUUGGCCGGAAUGUUCGCUCUGACCAUGUGGGUGAUGCUGCUCACUCUGGACGACUACGUUCCCAAAUACAGGGACCGCGUGCCCUUCCCAGGUCUGGUGAUCCGCCCUCACGCCCAGGAGCUCAUGUACGCCAAGUCCGACCCGACCAAGUACAACGACUACGUCAAACAACUGGAGUCCUUCCUGAAGCGUAAGUGCACUUAUCGCCGCUCCCAGCUGGAGUCGGCCAUGACACCAGAGGAGGCAAAUAUCCAGAGCUCUGGUUAG